AUGUACCUGGAUUAUGUCGCAAAAGCAAAGCAGAAGCUGCAAGAAGCGCAACAGAGAAGAAAGAGGUUAAAAGUAAACAAUAGAGAGACCUGUGGGUGUCAGAAUGUGGAAGGAAAGACUGACGAGGGGAAAGAUGAUCGUCUGUCGAAUGACGACAAACAGAAAUCUAAAACGGACGACAGUAUAGAGGAAAAGCCUCGGCUUAGCAUACCGAGGAAUUACAGCGAGCAGAACCUGAAAACUCAUAACGUUGAUUCGGAACCUAAAAAGUGCUGUUCGAAAUCGAACCCAAACCUGUUGGACUACAGUGAUGAGUGCUCGAUGGAACUUAUUCAGUUGGAUAUAGCCCGGACGUUCCCACACCUGUGUAUCUUUCAGCCCGGUGGACCGUACUUUGACGUUCUACACGAGUUGCUAGCUGCGUACGUUUGCUAUAGACCGGAUAUUGGAUAUAUACAGGGCAUGUCGUUCAUCGCGGCGGUGUUGAUUCUGAACAUGGAGGCCCCGCAGGCCUUUGUGUGCUUCGCUAACUUGCUGGACGGCCCCGUUCUACGUGCAGCAUUCACGAGGGAUGGCGCCGCCAUGCAGCGGCUAUGGAAGGCGUACGGGCGCCUGCUCAGGCACAACGUGCCCGCGCUGGCCGAGCUGGUGGCGCCGGAGCUGUACCUGGUGGAGUGGCUGUACACGGCCUUCGCCAAGGCCAUGCCGCUGGACGCCGCCUGCCGCGUGUGGGACGUGUUCCUGCGCGACGGCGACACCUUCCUGUUCAACGCCGCGCUCGGUAUUCUUCAUCUCUACCAGGACGAGCUCAAAGACAUGGACUUUAUAUCCGCCGCCCAAUUCCUCACGAAGCUGCCCGAGGAUUUGGACCCAGAAGCGCUUUUUAAAAGCAUCUCCUCCAUCACGAUGACGUUGGACGGCAUGUCGUUCGAGGAGCUUGCUUCCUGCUGUGAACUGGAAACAACCCUCGAUGAUGACGUCACCGUUCGGUUAUGA